AUGCAUGGAUUAUGGACAAAAAUAAAGCAUUAUCUUCUAGCAGUGAAUUUAUUUCCAUCAAUACCACCAUCAACUAAUGAAUCUGACCUUCGGAAUCAACGAAUAUCAACAAGAUUAUUUAUCAUCAUAUUAGUUUUCUCAACAACUAUUCUUAUUGGAUAUAAUUUUUUUAUUGAGGUUACAAAGGUUAAUAAUAUUAAUUCACCUGAUCUUGCUCAAUAUUUAGAUUUAUAUUCACAAUAUCCACAAACAUUAACAUGUCCAUGUACUGAUAUAACGAUAAAAUAUGAAGAAUUUCUUGAAAUUGAUUAUACAUUACAUCAACUAUGCAGUAGUGUUUUUGUUACUAAUGAUUGGAUUGCAUAUCUUGCUCAAAAUCACAUACUAACAACAGAUUAUGUGGCAGGCUUUCUCGAAUUAGGUACAUAUAUGUUUCAAGCACUGAAAACAUUUUGUGAAUCAAGUAAUAAAACAA